CAAGAACCGAUUGAUGUCGUUUCAGAUAUGGGGUGACAAUUUUCCUUUAUUUUCUGUCGGAGUGGUUAUGUUACUAAUAUAAAAUGCAGGGGCUAUGGAGCUUAAUAGGAAAGAUUGGCACUGGUGCUGCUCAAAAUUUUCCCUACGAGAUUGGUGAAAAAGCAGGGAGCCUAGCGGACAAGUCUGUGUGGACACUACAUGAAGGGAAAAAAAAAGGUACUGGAGAAGCUGUGUCUGUGUUUAUUCACGAUGUCAAGUCAUCUUCAGAGGACAAGGUUCAAACAGCCAAGUUAGCCCUCAGAAGACUGAAAACUCUUCGACAUCCUAAUAUUGUGAGGUAUAUUGAUGGUCUUGAGUCUGAUACAGUUAUUUAUCUGGUGACAGAGCCUGUUCAACCACUGGAAGUACUAUUAAGCGAAGAUGAGAACUCAAAGGCUGAUUUUGCCAUUUCUUGGGGAUUGCAUCAAAUUACAGCUGGUCUCAGUUUUCUGAUAAAUGAUUGCAGUUUGAUUCAUGGUAAUGUGUGCAUGGCAUCAGUGUUUGUAGAUAUUGCAGGCGAGUGGAAGCUUGGUGGCGUUGAUUACCUUAAACCUGUUGAUCCAUCAUCAAACACUGAAGAACCUGAUCUACCUAGACUGCCAGUUUUACAAGUUUAUGAACCUCCAGAGGGAAGAAAAUAUAGUAAAGGCAACAAGAAGGCUGAAAAAUGGUCAGCAGAUAUGUGGGGUCUUGGAUGUCUGAUCUGGGAAGUGUUCAAUGGUCCAUUGUCCAGGACAGGUGCCUUGAAGUCUGUUGGAAAGAUUCCAAAGAACUUGGUUACAGACUAUGUACAACUUGUAGGUGCUAAUCCUAAGAGCAGACCAAACCCAGCAAAAUUUCUACAGGAAUGUCGAACUCAAGGCCAUUACCUUAAAAACAGCUUUGUUGACGCUAAUUUGUUCUUACAAGAAUUGCAGAUAAAGGAGCAAAAAGAACAGAAGCAAUUCUUUCAAUCUCUCAGCUCAUCAUUAGACUUGUUUCCUCAACAAUAUUGCAAGCACAGAAUUCUUCCUCAAUUGCUGAAUGCUUAUGAAUAUGGAUCAGCUGGUUCUGCUGUCUUGGGGCCACUGUUCAAAGUUGGUAAACUCUUGGAUACAGAUGAAUAUCAACAGAAAAUUGUGCCAUGUGUGGUCAAACUGUUUUCAUCCACGGAUAGGGCAACACGCAUCCACUUAUUACAACAGCUUGAUAAUUUUGUACAACACUUGAAGCCAUCUACAGUGGAUGAGCAGAUCUUUCCUCAUGUUGCUUUGGGAUUUGGUGACACUAUUCCAGCCAUGAGAGAGCAGACAGUCAAGUCCAUGUUGCUUCUUGCUUCAAAAUUAAGUGAAAAGACAAUUAAUAAUCAGCUGUUGAAAUAUUUUGCAAAACUUCAAAUGGAUCAAGAGCCUGGCAUCAGAACAAACACCACAGUUUGUCUGGGAAAAAUUGCAGUGCACCUCCCACUAGCUACACGGCAAAAGGUACUGAUUCCAGCAUUCUUGCGUGCCUUAAGGGACCCUUUUCCUCCUGCUCGUAUAGCUGGUGUGAUGGGUUUCUUUGCCUCAGCUGAGUAUUUCAGUUUAAAGGAGAGUGCACUCAAGAUCUUACCAGCUUUGUGUACUCUGACUGUGGACCCAGAACGGAAAGUCAGAGAUCAGGUUUUUAAAGUUAUCAAGGUGUUUCUGACAAAGAUUGAAAAAGCUUCAGAGGAUCCAGAAUCUACUAUGAAUCAGGCUGAAGCUGAACAAACCCCAGAGUCAACAGCUGCAGGCAGCUCCUGGACUGGCUGGGCUGUCAGCUCCCUAACAUCAAAGCUGUACCGAGGAGGAAGCGCCUCGGGAGGAAUCACUGAACCUGCAGACAAGAGUGAGCCUGGAAAAGGUACCCACCCAGUUGGGGAAACAGAUGACAGUAAAAUGAGAAAGGAAAUUCGUCCAGGUGUGAAACAGGCAACAGGCGAAGAUAAAGAUGAGGACUCAGGGAGUGACUCUAGUGGCAAGUGGAGUGGGAACGAGUGGAAUGGGCGCGAUUGGAAUGAUGGACAGGAACCUGAUAUGGGCGAUCUAAAGAGUGAUCUACUAGCUGCGAAAGAGGAAAUUGCAGCUUUGCAGAAUGCAAAAGAGCUGUCGUAUCUCAGACGCCCUGCAAAUCUUGCGGCGGAAGACGACGGAGCGGAAAGUGGAAGCGACUAUGGUGACUGGGGAGAGAAUGAUGAUUGGUCAGUUGACAGUUUUUCUUCGCCAUCUUCCUUUACAAGUAAAUCCUCCCUGAGUAGACCUGAAAACAAAAAGGCUGUUCAGCAAGCAAGAGCAAAAUCAACGCUGCAGAAGCCUUCGCGCUUUGAUCAAGAAACCUCAUUAUUAGAAAUGCUGGACGAAAAUUCCGGUCAGGUGCCAGCUGCAGCCCCCGACUGCGUUGGUGAUACGCGUGCUCCAAAGAUCAAAAGUAAAACUGUUCAAAGUGCUUUGAAGUCGUCUCAACGAAGCAAAGCGAAGUGCAAUACUGACAACCCUCCUCAGCUUACAGAGGCUGAAGGAGAUGCGUGGGAUGUAGGGGACUGGGGAUCAUUUGAAGAACCUACCAGCAGUGCACCUGGUACACAGUCAAAUACUAAAAGCGCCCUGGGUGAUGAGUGGGGUCAGGGUGAGAAGGAUGCGCCGGACUGGAGCCAAGACAAGUCCAGUAAAGCGGAACUCUUGAAAAAGAGGAGAGAGGAAAGGCGGCAGCGACUGCAGGCUCAAAAGGAUAAGCGAGCCACAGGAGGAAAAGGACCAAUGAAGCUUGGAGCUGUUAAAAUGCAGUGAAUAGUGAUAAGCCACGACCUGUAUCUGAUGCAGCAACACGAUCAGACAGUAGCGGAAGAAAUGAAUCCUAAUAACGAUGACAAUCAGAUGACUUCGUUUCUGAAAGAUAUGGGGAAAAAGUCACCCUCGACGUUCCUAGCCUUCCAAUGAAGCUUUUUCUCUUGCACCUAAUAGACUGUGAAAUAAAACUUUGGAUUUGACAAAGUUGAUAUAUUUUUUUAAUACCAUAACCAAAAAGAGGGAGAUUUCAAACUUUGGUUCGCUUUUGACAUCGACUAAUGGUAACAAGAAAUUAAAUCAAUUUUGAAAUAUAAUAUAUUUAUAUCAGAUUAACACCAUAUGGAUGGAAGGAGUCUAUGAUACAUCAAUAGAAAUCAUGUCAAAAUGUUACCACAGUUGCUGGUCCAAAAGUAAUAAUGACUGCAGCUGACUGUGGUUUCAUUGCUUAAACAAUUCAUCGGAAUAAUCGUCUCUUCUGAUGAAUGUGUAUUGUUAGAUAUAACUAGGAAGCCUUUAGGGCAAUUUAUUUACGUUAUAGAAGGCGAUUAACGAUUCAGGGGCAGUUGGUUUUUAUAGUAGUUUUUUUGCAUACCCUGAAUACCAAAUAACACAGAACAACUAUUCUCACCUAAUUACUUACUAUGUGUGGAGGCACUAGCAAGUGCCGCACCGACAAAGUAUUGAAAAUGGUCAGUUAAUUAGGGCAAGUCUCACUUUCGACGCGUGAAUCCAGACACGUUGUCCAACCUCAAGUGGGGCAUCAGCAGAGUUCUUGUCAUAUUGAAGUUUCAUGAACUGUUAAUUUCUUGCGAUGUUAGAGAGUGAACUGCCUCUAUCUGUCGUACGAUGCGUGCACGACGCUUAUCAACAGAAGUUGACGUUGCAUAACAAUUAUUAUUUUCAGUACUUUAAAAUCAUCUCCAAUGUGUAAUUGAACUCGAGCAAUAGUUUUCAUACCGGUCCUACUCCCCUUGAACUAGAAUAGACGGCCUUAACUGCA